ACUGAAUACAUGCACACACACUUUAAUGUUUCAUACUUCUAUUUCUAUUAGGAUUUUCCAGGCCAAGAGUAACGAGCGAUCGUCACGUCAAAAUCCCCGUCUGCUCGAUUAGUCCGCAAUCCCUUGGCCAUGCCUCAACCCCUCGACGAUCGCACCUCUCGGCUAGCUUGGUCUCAUUCAAGAUGGCCGCCUAGAGCUGGGCAGUAACGCGGGCUGUUAGAUGUCAACAUGUCACUCCUCAGAGUCUGUGCCUUGGCGAAAUGCGCGAGUCGCCGCGGUUUGUUCCGUAGCGGUGCUGUUCGCGUGUCUCCGGCGGACCGCUGUCGGCUGUUCGUGUCCACCAGAGACGGCGGGAUCCGACGAAUAUCCGAGACACCACUGCAGCUCCAGAGAAGAAACGUUUCCAUCAUGAUCCCAAAGAGAGACGAUGCUAAGAAACGCGUUGUGGAGCAGUCUCAGCUGUUAGACGUGCUUAAGGCCAGAAUCCAGCAACUCCAACCUGACGUCGUUUUAGAUGUCCAUCAUGCAAACGUGCAAUUUGUCAAAGGCCCGUCCCCCGGGAGAGGCCCCAAAGUGGCACCGAAGGAGAAAACUGACAUUCCUAAAUCCGCAAAGACACUUAAAGCGGCGUCAAAGUCCAAGACCAGCCGCUGGAUGGAGAAAUUAACCCGGGAGGAGAAAAACAAACUCACAAAAGCGGAGCGCCUCCCUCAGAAAAUACAGAAGAAUGUAAAGGAGAAGCCGUCCGCCAAAUCCAAAGGAAGCAAAAGCAGCUCGGCCCUCCCCGGGACUUCUCACAAAGUUGUACCCAACGCCGCGCCGCUGGCCAAGAGCAGGGCUCGCACCAAGUUGUCCGACGAGAUACGCGCCGCGGUUUCCUCCACGGAGGCCUCCAGAAAGCUGGGACCCGCCAAAGAGGGCAGGAGGCAGACCGAAGACUGGGGCGGUGCCGAGGAGCUGGAGAAGGGCCGGUGGACGCUGUCGAGCAACCCGCAGCCGCCGCCGGCGAAGGAAGAGGGGGGGGGGGAGGAGGACGGCGCGGCGGCGGCGUCGUGCGGCGACGUCCAGCUGAGCAUCCGCUCUUACCUGGAGGCCUGCGUGUUCGCCGGGGACGUGGAGAGGGCGCACCGCUUCCUGCUGAGCCAGCACAGGGUGAGGAGUCGGCGGAAGCUGCUCAACACGGACGUCUACAACAUCAUGAUGAGGGUGUGGGCCAAGAAGGGGACGUUGAAUCAGAUCGGCCGCAUAUUCAUUCUGUUAGAGGAGGCGGGCCUGAAGCCUAAUCUGGGCUCCUACUGUACCGCCCUGGAGUGUAUGGGCCGCAACCCCGACUGCCAGCCGAAGCUCAUCACAAGGUGCCUGAGCCAGAUGGAGGAGGACGGCCUGUCCGUGGACGACCUGCUCGGCCGCUGCGUGUUCCGGCAGGACGAGCGGGACAUGGUCCUGAAGGCCGUGCGCCUCGCCCGGCCCGACUACGAGCCCCGCCUCCGCGCCGGCGCCGCGCAGUGCCCCUCGCUGGUGCAGGAGUUCUACGCACAGGUCCCUUUGGAGCAAAGUUCUUUUAUUUUACAUUCUUUGGUGUCUUUGUUGCACAGGAGGCCGGACACCGUCAAACAGAAGAACGCCUUCCCGCCGAACUUCAUUCACUCUCUGGACUCCACGCACAUGAUGCUGACCGCGCUCCACUGCUACAGUGCCGGCCUGACGUUCGUCUCGGUGCACGACUGCUUCUGGACGCACGCCCUCACCGUGGACACCAUGAACCAGAUCUGUCGGGAGCAGUUUGUCGCCCUGCACAGCCAGCCGAUCCUUCGAGAGCUCUCCGAAUUCCUGCUGCAGAAAUACUGCACCGGGCUCCCGGCCGAGGCCAAGAACAAGAAGUACCAGGAGUACCGCAGGCUGAUGCUCCUCUUGGCCAAAGUGCCCCAGACAGGUGAUUUCGACCUCCAGCGGGUGAAGGAAUCCACGUAUUUCUUCAGCUGAGAGCCUCGCGAGGUCCGAGCCGGCGGAGGGAGAUGAGUGGAAUUGACACAGAGCAGCGGGGGAAGGACGCGGGUGGCUUUGUUUCCCUUCCCCCCCCCCCCAGCCCCCCUCAGGACAUUGAUCCGGCCGCCACCCUCCCGGUCCGGAGGCAAAGCACUGUGAACUCGCCUGAUUAGCUCACUAGUGGGCUGAUGCGGGGCAGGAUGGGAUACUCAUCCAGGCGAAGUGAUGAGGGAAUCGGCACCGGAUGGGAAUGUUAAGACUUCAAUCAGUGGAAAGCAGCGCUCAUAAUGGCCGCUUAGACUAUAUUCGGGGGAUACGUCCGUGUGUGUCGGAGUGUACGUGAUCCACACGGACUUAGUCACUCGGCACUUCUGCUGCUCAAUAACCCUUUCAUCUGCAAGCUCUAAUUGUAAGUGAUUGGAGGUGUGUGUGUGUGUGUUUGUGCAUCUUCGAUGCUCUCUGACACGAUCUUCAGACCUCGUUCAGGAGGAAAUGAGACGUUUGUGGACACGGGACUCUCAGAGAAAUGUUCAAAGGGUGAGUUGAGGAGAUCUUUGACGGCGUCGCGUCCCGUCCUCAGAGGGACGAAGGACCUGACCCGUCGCCCUCAAAUAAAAAGCAUCUUAAAAAUG